AUGGAGCUGGAUGAAAUGCAGGUUGGAUACACAUGUCUUACAACUUUACUUUCAAACUAUGCAUUUUUUGACACAAACUUAUCAGAUACAGUAAUAAUAACACCACCAGUUAUCAAUGUUGAAGGCCAGGAUACUGAUGCACAUCCAGAAUUACAUAUUGGCAAAGUACAUGUACCAACCUGUGAGAUAGAGGAUACAUCUGAAAUAGAUACUGAUGACUUAACUACCAAGGCACUUGCUAUGAUUAUGAGCGACAAUGAGGAGGAUAUGGAUGGAUCAGAUUACAGCAAUGAAAGUGACUUUGAGAGCAAAUGUGAUGAUAAUUCCGACGUGGAAGAUGUUGAUCCAAAUGUAAACAUUGAAGAAAAUGACAGAGAUGUUAGGUAUCCAGACAUGGCGGGUGAUAUGAAUAUUCCACCAACAUAG